GAAGAAAAACGCCCAUUUUGCUCCACUGUCAGGCAUCCAAGUGUGCUGAAACAGCAACAGACAGAAGAGGACAAAGAGCUGCAAUGGACGGUGAUGUUGCGGUUGGUGUGAAGAGAGGCUCAGAGGAGCUCAACAUGUACGGUAGCAGCCCUAACUCUAUGACUGCGAAUGGCAGUGACAGUAAGAAACAGCGUCUGGAUGAAUCACCUCCCUCCAGAGUUCUCCACAUCAGGAAACUUCCCAAUGAAGUGUCAGAGACUGAAGUCAUUGCUUUGGGGCUGCCCUUUGGAAAAGUCACCAACAUACUCAUGCUGAAGGGGAAAAACCAGGCGUUCCUGGAGUUGGGUACAGAGGAAGCAGCCAUUACCAUGGUGAACUACUACACAGCUGUCACACCGCAGGUCAGAAACACACCUGUCUUCAUCCAGUACUCCAACCAUAAGGAACUGAAAACAGACUCGGCUCUGAACCAGAGGGCCCAGGCAGUGCUGCAGGCGGUGUCAGCAGUCCAGGAUGGAAGCUCUCCAUCCUCUGACCCGGGAGUUCUGGACCUAGCUCCACCUCCAAGCCCUGUCCUGCGAAUUAUCAUCGACAACAUGUUUUAUCCUGUGACGCUGGACGUUCUGCAACAGAUCUUUAGUAAGUUUGGGACAGUGAUGAAGAUUAUCACCUUCACCAAGAACAACCAGUUUCAGGCUCUUCUGCAGUUCAGCGACCCCGUCAACGCACAGCAAGCUAAACUGUCUUUAGAUGGACAGAACAUCUAUAAUUCAUGCUGUACUCUGAGGAUAGAUUUCAGUAAACUGGUCAACCUCAACGUCAAAUACAACAAUGAUAAGAGUCGAGAUUACACCAGACCUGACCUUCCUACUGGAGACGGAGACUCAACCAACAAGGAUCAUUCUUUAUUGGGUACCCCAUCUGGAGCACUAGCUUCCUACUCUAGUGGAGGAGGUUACUCAUCUUCUCUCUCCCUCUCACAGGGCGGAGGAGCCAUUAGUCCUCUGAGUGCUGCAGCGGCGGCCGCAGCAGCUGCUGGUCGUGUUGCUCUGUCUGGGUCCGGAGUGUCAGGAGUCCUGUUGGCAUCCAACUUAAAUGAAGAGAUGGUCACGCCUCAAAGUCUCUUUACCCUCUUCGGAGUCUAUGGUGAUGUCCAGAGGGUGAAGAUCCUCUACAACAAAAAGGACAGCGCUCUGAUCCAGUUGUCAGAUGGCAACCAGGCUCAACUUGCUAUGAGCCACCUGAAUGGUCAAAAGGUGUUUGGUAAAGUGAUGAGAGUGACGCUGUCUAAACAUCAAACUGUGGCUUUGCCCAGAGAAGGAUUGGAUGACCAGCUAUUAACUAAAGAUUUUUCUGGCUCGCCACUUCAUCGCUUUAAGAAACCAGGAUCCAAAAACUUCCAGAACAUCUUUCCUCCCUCGGCAACUCUUCACCUCUCCAACAUCCGGGAUGGAGUUGGAGAGGAUGAUCUUCGUCUCCUGUUCUCUAACAGUGGGGGAACCGUCAAGGCCUUCAAGUUCUUCCAGGACCGUAAGAUGGCCUUGAUCCAGAUGUCAUCAGUAGAGGAAGCGAUCCAGGGCCUGAUGGAUCUUCACAAUUAUGACAUGGGAGGGAAUCACCAUCUGAAAGUUUCCUUUUCUAAGUCCACCAUCUAACCCUCUCACACAACUCCUAAACCUUAAGAUCUAUGACGAGCGAGGAAGUCACCACCGUUGUCCUCUUUUCCACAUUUUCUAUUCACCUCUUCUGCACUAUCCCCAAACCCUAAAUCAAGUAGAACAAUAUUUUAUCACAGAAAUGUGUCCAAACCUUAAAAUCCAAAGUGAAACAUUAAAAAUUGUUUUCAGUUAAAAUGUUAAGAAAAUUAAAUAUUCCAUAAUGUACAUUUUCUUGACCAGUAGAAGCAGUACAUAUCUGAGUCCUAUCCCAAAGUCAGUUUGCAAUGUCCCACUUUGACCCGCGACAGCUGAAUCUUGGUUUUGCUGACCUCCAGAGGUGUAACUCCUCACCCUGCUGCAGUGAUGUAAAGUGCACUCCAGGGUGUGUCAGUGUACUGUGACAUCACUGUUGGGUGUCCACAUCCAUCAGUGAUAUUGGGUGUGGUCAGAGGUGAAACAGACUUGAAACCUUGAAAUGCAGCUUUUCACCUGGUGUUUUACCCAGAGAUCUCUUUUCCUUGGAUUUCUAUUGAGGUUUGAGUUACUGUAAUUAAUCAUCUGGUAUUUUUCUGAACAUUGAGUCGCCAUGUGAACUACCCACCCAUUGUAUUCUUUUCUCAAGCAAAUACCAAUUUAAACUCCAAACUAGCAGUCAUUAAUUAUAUGACUCCUCUUUUCUUCUCUAACAGGCAGCCAUCAGCUGCUGUCUUGAAGAUGUUUUUUGGACAGUGCAGUUUCUGACACACACACACACACUCAGUGUGCUGGUUCACUCCUGUAUAUUUGUGCACUUUGCUGCAUUCAUUAAAAAAAACUGAUAUUUGGACAUUUUUCCAAGCUACAAGCAUAAGGAAGUACAUGGUGGUGUCACUGAAGGCUAAAGUGUGAUUCAUGCUGUUCUCUCCUCUCAUCUGCAAUGUAAAAAUGACCAGUUUGAUAUGACCAGCACCCAGUGAUGCAUUGUAAGGAUUUUAGCAAACUUCACUAGAACAACUUGCAGCUCUAAAGCUGGAGUGCAGGACUUUUGUCUCCCUCUUCUGGCAUUAAGAGUAAAGGGGGCGCUUGGCUGUGAAUACCUAAGUACAACGACGUUACUAGGACAAGGGGAGGACAUUUCUUAUUGUUUGAUAACGUUAAAAAUAAAGUUAGACUUUUCUAUCAGCUUCACGACUCU